UUUCAAUGGUUAACAUUUCAAAAUCAGCCGUGUGGUCAGAAUUUAUAUUAUGGUAUAAAAACUUUCACUAUCCAGGUUCCACGUGAAAAAUCACAAUGGCAAAAAAUAGUUCAUGGAUUUGAAAAUAUUUGGAAUUUUCCCUUAUGUAUUGGAGCUAUUGACGGGAAACAUAUUGUUAUUAAAUGUCCAUCAAAUACGGGGUCUGAUUACUACAACUACAAAGGUACUUUUAGUAUUGUACUAUUAGCCUUGGUUGACCAUGAAUAUAAUUUCACUUGUAUUGACAUUGGAAGCUAUGGAAGUAAUUGCGACGCAGGAAUAUUUGCAAAAUCAUCUCUUAAAAAAGCGUUAGAAGAAAAUAAAUUAGAUGUACCAAACAAUUGUGUGAUUUUGGGUAACGAGGCUUUUCCGUUGCAAACAUACUUAAUGAAGCCAUAUGGAAGACGUAACCAUUUAAGUAUUCGUGAAAAAAUAUAUAAUUAUAGACACUGCCGUGCAAGGCGAAUAGUUGAAAAUGCAUUCGGAAUUUUGUCUAGUCGUUUUCGUGUGUUUAGACGACCCAUCUCAUUAACACCAGAAAAAACCAUAAAAUUAGUGAAAGCAGCUUGUGCAUUACAUAACUGGAUUCGUAAGAAUGGAACGUCAUCUAACUCUAUCUCAGUCGACACAGAAAUGGGACAUAUAAUACCAGGAUCAUGGCGUAAAGAUUCCGACCAUUCAGGUUUAAUACAUUUAGGAGCACCAAUGCAACGAAAUUUUACAACAGAGGCAAGACAAAAAAGAGAUUAUUUUGCUGACUAUUUUAUUGGGGAAGGUGCUGUGAAUUGGCAAAACCAAAUGAUCGACUAAAAAUAUAAUUUUGUUUCAUUAUAAUAUACUAUACUUACUAAAUUUGUUUCUGAUUCCCUAACACCAUCAAAAUUCCUUCUCAAGAAACUAUGAGCUGUGGCAAACCAAUUUAAUU